UGGGUGGUUGUUGUUGACCUGCAGGAGGAGCCACUCACCACAGUCAACAACAAAGGGUGACAGUCUUUCUUUUCAAUAUUUAUUUAUAUCCAAUAUUUAUUGUCAUUGCUGAUUAUGGAGGGAACUCUUCUGUGUUCCAGUACUGCAAUAUUUUGCGUCCUUCAGUGUCUAAAAAUAUAUAUUUGCAUUAUGGCAUCAUUAACAUUUUUAUAACUUUCUACUUCUUUCUUUGUGCUGGUUUCUAGAGCCACUCACAAAUCUCUCAGUGACUGCAUCGUGUCCAGGGCCAGAGACUGGCCACUCCUGGCAUUGUGAUUAGAGUCAUUUAAUACCCAAGACAGUGACUAAUGUCUGGCAACAAAGGCUCCACUAGCUGUCCUGUGUCCUGGGACCCUGGGCACAGGCACACUAGGGGCACGUUAUCAUGGUACAUCAGGACCAUGAGAAAAAGUUAAGGACCAGGUGGAUCCAUGUGGGCACCAUUGGGAAAUGAGAGCCCUCUCCCUGUGAUCAAUGCCAGUACAACCUGUUAGCCUAAAAUCAGUGUAAAACAAAGGUACCCACCUUUGUCUUAUCUUCAUACUCUAGGCUUUUAAUAAUAUUUUUUUUCACGUGUUUACAGAAAGCAGUCAACUGAGCUAUUCGUGGAAAGGUUUGUGGGUUUGGUUAACGAGGUGGAGGAGUAUUACAUUUCAGCUGGAAACACAUCCCUAGAAUGCCAAAACAUUUAUUCCAAAGUCUGGUUUCCUGGUGCAAUCGGAGGCAUGGCAAUAGUGUGUCUGUUCAGAGACUGAGGGCUGGGGCCAGCAAGGCAUUUGAUCCACAUGUAUCCCAGAAGGCUUUUAUUGUUAAAUUAUAUUCUUGAGGAAAAACCACUCAUGUCACAUUUUGUAAACUUGAUAUCCAUACACUUUUGACUGGCAUUCUAUUUUAGCCGUAAGAGUAUGAUUUACAGCAAGCCUGUUUUUCCUCUUGCUUAGGAUGGCAGCAGAAAGCAUGGGGCACUCUGUAGGCUCCCAAAGGAAGGAGCAUAGGGGCUGGAGUUUCUUUUCCCCCGUAGUGCUGUCUCUGGCUGUGCCACACUGCUCUCCAUGAGCAGACAGCAGAGUCUCCCUCACUCCCUACUGCCAUUCAUCCAGCGCUGUGCAGCAGCCCAGCUGCUGUGUCUGCCGGGAGGGGCUGCCAAGUGCCCUGCCUACUGGCUGCUUCCCGAAUCCCUGCCAUUCCACACACAAACACAUCCACACACGCUCUCUGCCUCUCUCACACACCAGCCACUCGCACAUGUGAGUACAUUCCUUCCUUCCUUCUCACUAUCUCGGCCCUCGACUUCUACAAGCCCAUGGAACAUUUCUGGAAAGACGCUCUUGAUCCAGCAGGGUGGCCCGUCGGCUGCUGAGCCCUCUGCCGCGCGGGGAGACGGUGAGCGCCUUGCCCGCGGCCGCUGACCAUGACUAUGACCCUCCACACCAAAGCGUCCGGAAUGGCCAUGCUGCACCAGAUCCAAGGGAACGAGCUGGAGCCCCUGAACCGCCCGCAGCUCAAGAUCCCCCUGGAGCGGCCCCUGGGCGAGGUGUACGUGGACAGCAGCAAGCCAGCCGUGUACAACUACCCCGAGGGCGCCGCGUACGAGUUCAACGCCACGGCCGCCGCCUCCGCGCCAGUCUACGGCCAGCCCGGCCUCGCCUACGGCCCCGGGUCCGAGGCGCCUCCGUUCGGCGCCAACGGCCUGGGGGGCUUCCCCCCGCUCAGCAGCGUGUCUCCGAGCCCGCUGGUGCUGCUGCAGACGCCGCCGCAGCUCUCGCCGUUCCUGCAGCCCCACGGCCAGCAGGUGCCCUAUUACCUGGAGAACGAGCCGAGCGGCUACGCGGUGCGGGAGGCCGGCCCGCCGGCGUUCUUCAGGCCAAAUUCAGAUAAUCGACGCCAGGGUGGCAGAGAGAGAUUGGCCAGUGCCAAUGACAAGGGAAGCAUGGCCAUGGAGUCUGCCAAGGAGACUCGCUACUGCGCAGUGUGCAAUGACUAUGCCUCAGGCUACCAUUAUGGAGUCUGGUCCUGUGAGGGCUGUAAGGCCUUCUUCAAGAGAAGUAUUCAAGGUAAUAGACAUAAUGACUACAUGUGUCCGGCUACCAACCAGUGCACCAUUGAUAAAAACAGGCGGAAGAGCUGCCAGGCCUGCCGGCUGCGCAAAUGCUACGAAGUGGGGAUGAUGAAAGGUGGGAUACGGAAAGACAGAAGAGGAGGGAGAAUGUUGAAACACAAACGCCAGAGAGAUGAUGGGGAAGGCAGGAAUGAAGCAGGGCCCUCUGGAGACAUGAGGGCUGCCAGCCUUUGGCCUAGCCCUCUCUUGAUAAAGCACACGAAGAAGAACAGCCCGGCCUUGUCCCUGACGGCUGAUCAGAUGGUCAGUGCCUUGUUGGAGGCUGAGCCCCCAAUACUCUAUUCCGACUAUGAUCCUACAAGACCCUUCAGUGAGGCCUCGAUGAUGGGCUUGCUGACUAACUUGGCAGACAGGGAGCUGGUUCACAUGAUCAACUGGGCAAAGAGGGUGCCAGGCUUUGUGGAUUUGACCCUCCACGAUCAGGUCCACCUUCUGGAAUGUGCCUGGCUGGAGAUCCUGAUGAUUGGUCUUGUCUGGCGCUCCAUGGAGCACCCAGGGAAGCUCCUGUUUGCUCCUAACUUGCUCUUGGACAGGAACCAGGGGAAAUGUGUAGAGGGCAUGGUGGAGAUCUUUGACAUGUUGCUGGCUACAUCGUCUCGGUUCCGUAUGAUGAAUCUGCAGGGAGAGGAGUUUGUGUGCCUCAAAUCUAUCAUUUUGCUUAAUUCUGGAGUGUACACAUUUCUGUCCAGCACCCUGAAGUCUCUGGAAGAGAAGGACCAUAUCCACAGGGUCCUGGACAAGAUCACAGACACCUUAAUCCACCUGAUGGCCAAAGCAGGCCUGACCCUGCAGCAGCAGCACCGGCGCCUGGCCCAGCUCCUCCUCAUCCUCUCGCACUUCAGGCACAUGAGUAACAAGGGCAUGGAGCAUCUGUACAACAUGAAGUGCAAGAACGUGGUGCCCCUCUACGACCUGCUGCUGGAGAUGCUGGAUGCCCACCGCCUGCACGCUCCCACCGGCCGUGGGGGGGCGCCCGUGGAGGAGGCAAACCAGGGCCAGCUGGGCACCCCGGGCUCCACUUCAUCGCAUUCCUUGCAAAAGUACUACGCCACCGGGGAGGCAGAGAGUUUCCCCACCACAGCCUGAGAGCUCCCGGGCUCCCCCGAGGUUCUGAGAACCCCCGCAGCAUUUUACCCUCGUCAUGCAUCACUUUAGCAGAUUCUGUCUCCUGCACACACUCCAGCAUGCACCCACCACCAGCGGCUUUCUAAUAUGAGCGGCUAUUCGUCUGCUUGCUAAGUUCUUAGUGGCACGUCUUCUGUUGGGAACAGCCAAGGGGAUUCCAGGGCUAAAUCUUUGUAACAGCUCUCUUCCCCCCUUUGCUACAUUACUAAGCAUGAGGAUUCCUAUAGCUCCUCAUUGACUGAGCUCAGUCUGUGAGCUGGGGCUCGGAUGACUUUGUGCAUUGAAGCUACUUGUAGAGACCCAGGCCUGAAGAGUAGACAUUUCACCUCUGAUAAGCACUUUGUAAUAGCUCUAAGAAUAAGCCACAGGAAAGAAUUUAAAGUGGCUCCUUUAACUGCUGACUUGGAGAAAGCUAGGUCAAGGGUUCCUUAUAGCAUCCUCUUGUAUUCCUAUGGUAAUGCAUCAUUUUAUUAAAGUGAUACCUGAAAGCUUUUGCACUACUACAGCAGAAUAUUUAGUGAUUGCCUACUCGUUUCCCCUGUAGGAAUACAAGAUGCACAUAGGGAAGGAAGAUCCUCCAAUUGCCAAGACUAUUUCAACUUAAUGCACUGCAACUUCAGGCUUGCUGAAAGCUCUGCCGCUGGCUUUCUAGAGCACAACGUGCGGGUCAUGGGUUCCAGUUAAUUCUUGCUUCCCAUGGACCCAUGGAAAACAGCAAGUUGAUUUGAAUUAAGUCACCUCCACAUAUUUUAGUCUCCCUAUAUGAGGGAUAAGUGCUUGAUUUUUGUUUUUAUUUUCAUUUUAUAAAAGAAAGCCCUCUCCCCCAGGACUUGCAGUGCAAUCGGCUUCAGGACCUGUUCUGGUGGGAUCUCACAUUUAUCAGCAGUGUGUGUAACUUACACAAAAAGUGAACUAUUCAGUUGUGGUGCCCAGCAGAUGACCCAGGGCAUUCUAAGUGAGCAGGUACCCCG